CCGGUAGCGGCGGCGGCGGCAGCGGCGGCACGUCGCCUGUGGUCUAGCCGCCGAGGCACUGGCAUUCUUCUGAAGACAGGUGCUGCCACUAUGUAUCUGGACCUGGACUUGAGCUGUGUUUAAAGUGUGGCGAGCUGUCUCUACCUUCUGAGUUUCCCUACCUUAGACACCCCCAGUGCCAUUCUUUGGAGGGUCACGCAGCACAAUGCCAGCUCUGCCCCUGGACCAACUGCAAAUCACCCUCAAGGACCCGAAGACAGGAAAGCUGACGACUUCACCAGCCCUGCACUCCUCACGGAAGGCGGACCGCUAUUUUGUGUCCUACAAACCGCCCCCUAAAGACAACAUCCCCGCCCUGGUGGAGGAGUACCUGGAACGUGCUGCCUUCGUAGCCGCUGACCUCGACUGGCUCCUGGCCUUGCCUCACGAUAAAUUCUGGUGCCAGGUCAUUUUUGACGAGACCCUGGAGAAGUGCCUGGACUCCUACCUACGUUAUGUCCCCCGGAAAUUCGACGAGGGGGUGGCCCCAGCUCCAGAGGUGGUUGACAUGCAGAAGCGCCUCCAUCGAAGUGUUUUUCUCACCUUCCUCCGCAUGUCCACUCACAAGGAGUCCAGAGAUCACUUCCUUUCCCCCUCUGCAUUUGGAGAAAUCCUCUACAACAACUUCCUGUUCGACAUCCCAAAGAUCCUGGACCUCUGCGUGCUCUUUGGGAAGGGCAACUUGUCCCUGCUCCAGAAGAUGAUAGGAAACAUCUUCACCCAGCAGCCAAGUUACUACAAUGACCUGGAUGAAACCCUGCCCACCAUCCUUCAGGUCUUCAGCAAUAUCCUCCAGCACUGUGGCUUGCAAGGGGAUGGGGCUUGCGCCACACCUCAGAAGCUGGAGGAGAGGGGCCGGCUGACCCCCAGCGACAUGCCUCUGCAGGAGCUGAAGGACAUCGUCCUCUACCUUUGUGACACCUGCACCACACUCUGGGCCUUCCUGGACACCUUCCCUGUGGCCGGUCAGACCUUCCAGAAGCAUGACUUCUGUUACAGACUCGCCUCCUUUUAUGAAACGGCGGUUCCGGAGCUGGAGUCCGCAAUUAAGAAGAGGAGGCUUGAAGACCACAAGCUGCUCGGGGACCUAUGGCAGAGGCUCUGCCAUUCACGGAAGAAGCUGCUAGAGAUGUUUCACAUCCUCAUAAACCAGGUCUGCCUCCUCCCCAUCCUGGAACGCAGCAGUGACAACGUUCAGGGCUUCAUCGAGGAAUUCCUGCAGAUCUUCAGCUCCUUGCUGCAGGAGAAGAGGUUCCUGCGGGACUAUGACACGCUCUUCCCGGUGGCCGAUGAUGUCAGCCUCCUGCAGCAGGCCUCGUCAGUCUUCGAUGAGACGCGCACCGCCUACAUCCUGCAGGCAGUGGAGAGUGCAUGGGAAGGGAUGGACAGACAGAAAACCACAGAAGCCACAGACCUUCUGGUGGCCCAGGAUCUUAAUCGGGUGGCAGCAGUGGCGGGGCCAGUUGCUCAAACACCAUCACACCCAGAGAACUCAGAGGAAGAGGAGUUGAUCGGGGCAGCCGCUGCCCUGGCCCCACCGGUGUCUGGUGUGGAACUCGACUCGCUCAUCUCCCAAGUGAAAGACCUGCUGCCAGACCUUGGCGAUGGCUUCAUCCUGGCCUGCCUGACGCACUACAGCUAUGACCCAGAGCAGGUGAUCAACAACAUCCUGGAGCAGCGACUGGCCCCGGCCCUCAGCCAGCUGGACCACAGCCUAGACAGGCAUGCGGAGCCAGACCCAACACCCCUGUUGACAUCUCGCCACAACAUCUUCCAGAAUGACGAGUUUGAUGUGUUCAGCAGGGACUCCGUAGACCUGAGCCGUGUGCACAAGGGCAGGAGGAAGGAGGAGACGGCGCGGAGCCUGCUAAACGAUAAGCGAGCGGUCGCAGAGCAGCGGCAGCGCUACGAGCAGUACAGCGUGGUGGUGGAAGAGGUGCCGCUGCAGCCAGGGGAGGGCCAGCCCUACCGUGACGACUACGAGGAUGAGUACGAUGACACAUACGAUGGCAACCAGGUGGGCGCCAAUGACGUGGACUCGGACGACGAGCUCAUCAGCCGCAGGCCCUUCACCACCCCUCAGGUGCUGAGAGCCAGAGUGUCCCGGGAAGCCCAGGAGGAGGACGACGAUGAGGAGGAGGCUGAAGAGGAGGCCCCCAAGCCUGAUCACUUCGUGCAGGACCCUGCAGUGCUGCGGGAGAAGGCGGAAGCCAGGCGCAUGGCCUUCCUCGCCAGGAGAGGGUACCGGCAUGACAGCUCAGCAGCAGUGGCUGGCAGCCCCCGGGGCCAUGGGCAGAACCGGGACACAACCCAGGAACGCAGGAAAAAGGAAGCCAACAAGGCGACCCGAGCCAAUCACAACCGGAGGACCAUGGCUGACCGAAAGAGAAGCAAAGGCAUGAUCCCAUCCUGAGGCUGCCAGUACCAGCAGGCGGCCGUGUUCCCAGUCCCACGGAAGGCCUCGCUGUCCACCCAGCAGCCGGUCGGGUGAGCGCCUUCUUGCUGAACACACAGUGCCUUCUCCCACCAUGGAGGACCCCGAGGCCCUCGAGCAGGCACCUGCCCGUCUGCUUGUGGGAAACGGACAGCGCUGAGCCCCCAAACAAGCCCCAAACCUCAUGCAGCAAGACCCCACCUCCUCUUUCCCCUGGACUGCAGGAACCUUGCCUAUUAAAGCAAAAGGAACGGCC